AUGUGUCUUGUGCAAACUCCUUACUACCACUUGUGUGGCCACUAUGGUCGCCCUUUGAUCGCUCCUAAUGGUCGUUGUGCACGCGCAGAGCGCCUUCCAGGAGCAUGCUGGGAGCCACAGGAUAUCGGCGUCAGCAGUCGGGAGGCAAUGUGUGGCAAUUGCGAGCGCUGGCUUCGAGUUACAGACACUGAACAGUCCGAAACUACCAGAAUUGGCCCCGUCGACUGCCACAAGUUCAAUCAGCUCGUAAAGCUUCACAAGCAGACGUGCGAUCGCCGCGCAAGCGAAGCAAGCAACUUCUCUUCAAUCACUUCCGCCACCUAUCUACCGAUCGCAAACGACCUGACUCUGCGCAGACCCAGCACAGUCAGCGAGAUAUCUGUCACUUCUACCACAGCCAGUGUACUGUCUACUGGAGGCCGUCCACCAAUUCUCACCAUCAAUUCUCCGUCACGAGUCUUCCGCACUCCUACUUGGACCAACAUCGAAGAGUGGACCAAACAGACUAUUCAUGACGACAAUCCUCAAAAGCAAGAAACCCCUGCUUCAUCUGAUCAACACGACUCUUCAUGA